GGCGAUAAAGGACACUGACAUUGUCGGCAAACAAAGUUUUAAAAUCGUUAGAAAUUAACUAAUUGUUGUGUACAAUCUGUAAAACAAUGAAAUUAAGACUCCUAAAACAAUAAUAUAAAAUAAUUGAAAAUUUUUGAAAUAUCGGUCGGCUAUAGUGUUUUAUGAGCUUGUGCAAAAGUCGAUAUUAUUAGAGCAGAAAAAUAAAAUGUUCAAAAGUAAAAACGAAUGUAAUAUUGUGUAUAAGUGCACAGUUCGAUUACUUGAUGAUUCCGAUAUUUUGGAAUGUGAAUUCCAGCCGUUCCAUAAAGGCAUUUACCUAGUCGACCACAUAUGCAGACAACUAGAUAUUAAGGAAAAGGAUUAUUUUGGCUUGCGUUACGUUGAUCCAGGAAAGCAAAGGCAUUGGCUCGACCUAGCCAAAUCCAUAUUAAAGCAAUGCAAAGAUAUAGAUCCAGUGCUUUUUUCCUUACGUGUAAAAUUCUAUCCUGCGGAUCCAUUUCGUCUGACUGGCAAUGGCCGUAUCAUGCUCUUCCAGCAGUUGAAAAGAGACCUUCGACACGGUCGAUUGUACUGCUCUAUGGGUGAGGCAGCCGCAUUGGGAGCAUUAAUCGUCCAGGAGGAACUUGGGGAUUAUGACGAGUUCAUUCACAUUGGCGACUACGUGUCAUCACUUGACUUGGCUCUACGACAAACGGAGAAUCUUGAAAAGAAGAUUAUCGAACUGCAUAAAAAACGUAAGCCUGACCAAGAUCCGUCGGUGGCUAUGGAUGAGUUUAUGGGCAUCGCACGUGGCCUAGAGACUUAUGGCAUUGACCCUCAUCCCGUUAAGGACCAUCGCGGCUCGCUGCUCUACGUUGGUAUUAAUCACGCCGGCAUUAGCACCUAUGUGGCAGGCAAACGAUCGCAACAUUUUCGUUGGAACGAAGUUCAUAAGAUUAACUUUGAGGGAAAGAUGUUUAUUGCACACUUGAGCUUUACGGAUCAAAGUCGGGAGCCCAAAAAGCAUACAAUUGGAUUCAAGUGUCCCUCGGGACCAGCCUGUCGCUAUCUAUGGAGAUGCGCCAUCGAGCAGAUGCUUUUUUUCACAUUACCAAAUAGCCAACAUGCGGCAGUUGUGUCUGGAGGCGGAUUCUUUUCCUGGGGCACCAAGUUCCGAUAUACCGGACGAACUGAACGCGAGAUAUUGACUGAGAGUAUUAACGCUUUACGUGAGCAGAAGAUGACGUAUUCAAAUUCAAGCAAACGCAAGGCAAGCAGUGUGCCAGCGACUCCUUCCAGUCCGCAGGGCGACCUAGCACACAUCCGCUACAGCAGUUUGCCGCGAUCAACAAUGUCCGAGCCUUUGGGUUGUUCCAUGGCUCCGAAUAUUCUUAUCUAUGGACAGGACGUUGGUGUCAAUGGCAGUCUCCAGAUGCCUAGCUUAGAACCCGUUUGCGAGGAGGCGCGUCUGCGUUCGUCAAACAUAGAUAGACUAAACCAUAUGGGAACAGAUCUCUCCGGUUAUGCGUUCCGAGACUCUAUCGAGCAUUCGUCAACGGAGAGCGGACUUACGGCUAGUGGCUAUGAUGUUGCUGGAAAGCCGCGUGGCAAUCACAACGAUUCCAAGCAACACCUUUACUAUUCAUCCAAGCAGUACUAUGCGCUGCCCAAUCCCGCCUUAAAUUCGAGCUCUUCCGUCGGUAUUUCCAGUGGGAAACAUAUAGGAAAAUUUUCACGCACACACUCUAACUCCAAAAGUGGCAAAAACUUAAGAAAAUUCCAUUUAUUGCACGCUUUUAUACCAUCCGUUAUUUUUGUUAUUAUCGCAAUGGCCGGAACUGCGAUUCUCAUUAUGGAAUCCGAGCUGGAUAUUUUCGAACGCGUUCGCAACUCUCCCGAAAUGCUAAGUUUGCGCUAUCAGUAUUAUCAGCCAUUAAAAGAGUUUGUUUUGGAGAAAUUGGGCCGAAAAGUCUAAAUUAAAGCAUAUUUAAAUUUGUAUUUAUUAUGCAAUUUUUUUAAAUUCUUAGUUUG